AAGGAUUGUGAAUUGUGAUAGCAGUAAGAAAAUAAUGAAAAUGCCUGUGGGUGUGGAGUACGAUGAUAAGGGUAGUGGUGAUGGUGUUGGUGUUGGUUCCAAGUUCCCAGUUACAGCACUCACUGCAAGACUCCUCACCUUGCUUUCUCUCAUCAUUUCUGUUGUUGUUCUCAAGACCAACGACAAAUCCUUCGACAAUGGCUAUGUCCUUACUUACAAGGAUUUCCGUUCUUACAAGUACAUGUUUUAUGUCACGGUAUUUGGAAUUGGCUACACCUUGCUGCAAAUCCCAUUUGCACUAUACUUCAUGCUAAAGAAGAAGCAUCUGAUUACAAGCUAUGGCUUCCUCAAGUUCAAUUUCUACGCCGACAAGGCGAUGACAGUGCUGCUGGCAACGGGGGCUGGAGCAGCGUUUGGGGCAACAAUGGACAUCAAGAAGUACGCAGGGGACCGCAUACCAAAGUUGCAGGAUUUUCUUACAGUGAUUUAUGUCCCCACAACAUUCCUUCUUGUCGGAUGCAUUGCCUGUGCGAUUUCUUCUGUCCAUUCAUCACUUCAUCUUCCACGCUGAUAUCAAUGUUCAUGGCUUGAAGGGAAACCCUGAGGAUUGAUCCAUGCUGCAGUAUAGUCUCUCCUUGUUUUAGAUCUUGUAUUUUGAUUGGAUGGGGAAUGUCAAUGAUCGUAAAUUGAAUGGAUUUACGAUUUCUUUUUUAAACGAUAAUUAUAUUACUAUUUCAAUAAUUGAGCAACUAACGAGUACA